AUGGCAAGAUUAUUAAGUAUGGAAAGAAAAUUUAUUCAAAAUCCAUCUCUAAAAGAAGAAUACUCCAAAUUUAUGAAAGAGUAUCUCAAUUUAGGCCAUAUGAAACCAGCAAAUUCGUUCAAUAACACGACUAAACUUAGAGUAGUUUUCGACGCAUCAGCCAAAACAUCAAAUGGUAAAAGUCUGAACGACAUAAUGAUGGUUGGUCCCCGCUUACAGAGAGACAUAUUUGAAAUAAUUGCUAAAUGGAGAAAAUGGCAAUUUGUUCUAGCUGCAGACGUGGAAAAAAUGUAUAGGCAGAUAAAAAUUUCUAAAAAAGUCCAGGAGUACCAACAUGUUCUUUGGAUGGAAGAACCAUCGCAUCCAAUUAAAGAAUAUAAAUUAACAACUGUAACUUAUGGUACAGCGUCAGCACCAUUUUUAGCGGUAAGAGCAUUGCAAAAAAUGGCACUUGAUUCAAAGCUGAAUUAUCGGAUACAGGAAAUAAUUGAAAAUGAUUUCUACAUGACGAUUUACUAA